AUGAAUGGGGAACGAAGAGACCGAAAUGUCUCGGCUUCUCCUCCCCGACCGCGCGGCGCGAACCGGGACUCGGUUUAUCCUUACAGGAUGGCCUCGUUGCCUGGUAUUCCGGAUGAUCUCGGUCGGCUCGUGACUCGUAGUUCGCUCCGAGGACGUGCCAUGCGAACGGCAGAAUCAAGAGUUAUCAUGUCGCAACGAUUGCGCUGGCUACUGCCGGCAUUAAUCGUGUCUUGGACGAGCUUGCAGUUAGGUGUGGCUUUACCGGCUCACGACGAACAUUCGCACGUGUCUGCGGACACGUUUGAUCGUAGUACGGCCACUUCAACAAUUAUCCGUCAGCAGUACGAUGGACGCGCGCUUCAUCCUCCGUACGGCAAAAACGAGACGCAGUCCAGCCACAAACUGGUCGCUUCUCCGGCCGGACUUUUGCGGCCCGACAAGUUUCAGUUUUAUACCUACGACGACAAGGGCGAUAUGAUUACGCGGCAGAUGACCGCUCAGGAAAUUCAAGGUCUUAUCGCGUCAGGUGGGACGGAUCACAUCGCGAUGGACAGGCAGGAGCCUCAAAAAGCCGAUGAUGUCCUGACGGGCGGUAAAAAGGUCAUGGAUGUAGUACAAAAGGUACAGAACGUGUUAAAGAGCGCACUGGAUAAGCCACCGACUUUAACGGGUUCGAUACCGAAGAUUCCGGAACACGCCAACGUUGAAUGGAGCAAUAUUCUGCCUUCAAUUCUAUCUGGCGAGGCAGACUCGAUCUCCCCGAACAGCGAUUCCAGUCAACUGUCGCAUAAAUUGACAACAGAGAAGGUAGAAACUGAAUCGGCGUCGAAACACCCGACGAAAAAACCAGCGACGUUUGACGUUCAGACGAACGCGUACGCUGGUUUUACUAAUAACGUACAGGGAAAACCUCAUUACUCGCAGCAAACGCCGGCUACCGAGAAACCGAUGAUACCAGUUCCAGUUAUUACUCUAACGGAACUAAAGCUGUCCACGUUGCAAUCCGCCGUUACCGAAAGUCCCGUCUUCCAAAUAGUCAGCGUGAUUCCGGUCGAGAGUGCUGGAAUUAAGGAAAGUCAGACUGAUCCGUCUACAGCCGCGAGUUCCACCGUUCAGCUGUCUGCUCAGACCGAGGAGAGUUCAACGGAACAGUAUGUCGAAUUAGCUCUGACGGAGGUGCCUGAAGAAACAACGUUCCCGCAGCUAACGAGCUUAGAUAUGUAUCCCGUAAGUAUCACGAAGCAGACGACUACCAAUAACAAAAUCUAUCAAGAGAUAGAAACCUCGGCGAUCUACUCGAUGACCACGCCAGUAGCAUCGACGCAUUUCUCCUCCACGAAGCAGCAGACCGUAACGCAGCACGGUGGGUCCAGCGAGCUGACGACCGACGAGAUCUCUCCCCCGAACGCAACUUACGUUCUUAUACAGAGCAGGAACAAUACGAAGGUAUCCGACGAUUCUUCGUUCGCAUCGAGCGUUACGAAAGGAUCUCAAACGAACGGGACAUACAAUGACAUAAUAAGCCCACAGACCCAUACCCUCGCUACCUUAGUGCCGAUUUCCCACGCGUCUUCGAAACCCGAGGCGGCAUCUAACGCGCCGCAUUCACCGUCUACGCUCGCUUCCGUUACGCGAAUCAAGGCCCCGACCGUCUCGACGUCGUUGCAUCAUUAUCUCACCGAAAGCUUCGCAACGGUUACGAAAGACUCAUCGAGCCCGGUUACAUCGACUUACGGAGAGAAUUAUUUUAAUCCUCUACCGACCGAGAUUCAAUCCUCGGCGUCGAUAGAACCGUUACCCACGCAGUUAAUCGAUGCCUUCUCAAGUGUAAUAAAUCAAGUUUCGGAAGUGAAACCACCAGUCUUGCCCCUCUCGUCCCCAUCGAACGAGACGCCGGUGAUACCGAUCUUGAAUAUUAAUUACGAGCAGAGGCGCAACGUGUCCGAGACGAACGAAAAGAAUGUCAGACCUGUUAUUAAUACGCAAACCUACGAGACCUUCGCUACCGAAAUUCCGUCGCGAGACACCACUACCAAGUUCGUCGAUUAUUCCGUCACUUAUCGGCCCGUCAGCACGGUGGACAGGGAACCAAGCACGAGCAGCAUUUCCGAGAACUCUCGAAUUAAAGCGACGACAGCUUCGACUAAAGUCGGAACGACGAAUAAUAGAGUAACAAGCAAUAAUUUAGCUACAACGCCUUCUGGACUUAAAUCGACUCAAAUCCAGAUUUCGGGAUCAACAGCGUCUUCGUUCGUGCAGCUCGACAAGACACACGCUACAGCCGCUUCUUUGCCGGCAAGUCAGACUAUAAGUCCCGCGACUCUUCAAGGUAUCACCGAGAGAAUCGCAUUAGAAAAGACCUCGACUACUUCAUACUUGGAUUCAUCUGAUAGUAAAACGGUAACGUCUGAUGCAACCAAAACUCAACCAACAACCGCGUCGAUCGACACAAGUCUAUCUUUGAAUAAGUCUACGACAGUCGAAAGUUUCAGCAGCACUCUCGCGAAUUUGAACUUGAGCGAUCCAGUGUCUGCCAUCGACAAAGUAAUAAGUAUCGCGCCACUACCGUCCAGUACUUCCGCAAUAAAGCCGAUCGAUUUACCCGAUAAUAUAUCGAAUUUCGUCGUGGAAAUAGCUGGUGACAUUGCGAGUGGCCUUAUCGCCGGAUUUCCAACGACGAACGCGCCGAACUUAUCGACCAUCGAGGAAGAAAAAAUCAAAAACGUCACUAAAUUACACGAAACGGAAAGAAACGUUACGCAAUCGACGCAAGAGGCAUUAACGGAUCCAGUUCGAAACGGUACAUUAAUUUACGGUACUUUAACGCAGACCAAAGAGUCGAACGAUACUUUAGAACCGACUAAUUUAUCAAGUAGUAACGAGAGAAUAGACGAUUCCACGAAAGCAACUUUAUCAUCGCCAGUAAAUCAAUUCACAAAUGUCAAUGGUCAAUCAAAGGAUACUAUUAAGCAGAACGCAACAACCGUGGGAAUCGUUAGCGUAACACCUGAACAGACGACGACGACAACAACGAUAAACGUUAAUACAAAUAACAACCAGAAGAAAACGGAAAGCAAAGAGAAGGUAAAAACGACGGAAGCACCAAUUGUGCAGAGGACAGACUUGAGCCCCGAACUAUCUAAUCAGUUAUCCGUAAAAGUCGCGAAUGGUACCAAAACUUCAGAACACGCGGGAAGCAGUUCGAAAAUAGAGGCGUUAAACGAGAAGAACGGUUCCUUCGCAAAUGUUUCGUCAAUAACGAAGGAUACUGUAGUGAUUCAUUCUAUUAAUGAUUCUAUCUCGGAGUCGAGUUCACAAGCAUACAGUGACGUCACAAGGAACACCUCCCUCUCGAAUGUUACGUCUGACGGUGCUAUCCUGACAAACAGAAAUUCUACCGAUCCUGCACUUCCGCAGAAGCCAAAUCGCGUUACCAGUACAGCUGACAAGAACAAGGAUAAAGAGCAUAAUAAGAACAAUGAAUCUUCUUCUGUACCAGUCCAAGGACAUACCAAUAGCUCAGUCAAAAUAACGCAAGACUCAACGAAUGAUGCAAAUGGAAGUAAGGGAGAUACUUUCCGGCCUGAUAAUCUUGUCAAUAAUACGUCAAGUCAGAGUGACAAAAAUGUAACGCAGACUACAUCAACGGCCAACGCAUCAAUACAGAACGACGAGCAUUCGAAUAAUACGGAGAGCAAGACUGCCUCUUUGAAACAUUCCGAGAGUACGCCGAAGCCGGACGUGAUACGUUUGCAAGCGUCGACGUCACCGUCGAGUGUUCCAGUCCGUCAAACGUCGAGGCCUGAUUAUAAGCCAUCGGAGAAGCCCGACAUCACGAAGAUCGAUGUGGAGGACAAGUGGACGCUUAUAUCGCAACAGACUCCGCCGACUGUAUCGAAGCUUCCGAAGCCGCCGAAAUUGCCGAAGCCGCUGCAGAGGAAACCAGUCAAUCACGCCCAGGCAUCGUCGUCGUUACCGCCUUUCAACUCGAAUGACAACACCCACAUCCGUUCUCCGGGACCUGAAACGUCGGUACAUCAGCAAGAACAACCACAUCCGUCCUCGACUUUCCUACCGCUGGACGCGUCUCAGAGUGCAAUUGGCUUAGACGCUACCAUAAGACACACGAGCGCCGAUAUCGUAAACUUCGCCAAGUUAUGCAACGAGUUGGCCUUCAAUUUCUGGGUAGCCACUAAUAAGGGUCUGAGCACCGCGAGAUCACUGGCACUCUCGCCGUUCGGUAUGACCAGUUUACUGGCGAUGAUCUUCCUGGGUGCUCGCGGCCCGACGUCCGAUCAGAUGAACGAGGUACUCGGCUUGGACGACGUGGCCACGUUCAAUCCACAUUUGGUCUUCCAAAACAUAACCGACGCGGUAGGUUUGGCCCGUGGCCAGGGUAUCGCGAACGCUGCCUUCGUCCGCGAGCUGUUUGCUGACAAGAUGAAGGUCAGGAAACUCAUGCCCUUCUACAAGGAGCAGGCCCAGCAAUUCUACGAGGGCCUCGUGACCGAAGUGAACUUCGCCACUAUUAGCGAUCUCGUACGCAGAAGAACGAAUCUGCUGGUUAGAAAGCAGACUGGCGGCAGAAUCAAGGACUUCGUUAAGACGAACACGGUGCCGCUCAGAUCACCUUUAGCGGCGCUCUCCGCCAACGUGUUCCAGACCGACUGUAAUAGCAGUCUGACAAGUUCCGUUGGUAGGGACGGCGAGCUGUAUUUCGCUGUUUCGCCGGCUGUCAGACAAAGGAAACUCGUACCGGUCCCAGCUACGACUUGGCGAUCUGCUGUCUUAGCCGGCUACGAGCCCAGCAUCGACGCUACGGCGGUCGCUCUCGGAGGCAGCGAUAAAUUGGUUUCGACGAUCUUCGUGUUGCCGGGUCAGCAGGGUCACACUGCACCCGGUGACACUCUGGACCGUCUUGAGCAGCGCCUCGUCAGAAGCGCGUUCCGCGACGGAGCCUGGAAUAAGCUCCUCAAGGUUCUCAUACCGAGGCACGGUCUCGAGUUGCAGGUGCCUAAAUUCAGUCACAGAUCCGUUGUCAACGCGACCGCCGCCUUGAAGAGGAUGGGCCUUGAUGAGCUCUUCUCGGGUAACGCCGAUUUUAAGGGUAUCAACGGCGUAGGUCAUCGUCUUCACUUAGCCGACGUGUUACAGAUGAAUUUAUUCAGCACCUGCGGCGACGAGAAUAUUCUUAGCGGCCGGCAUCACGUGGAAACGUAUCCCGCGAGUCCAUUAAGGAGAAACGUUGAACGACGAACGGAGGACGAUAACUCCGGAGGAAACGCUGCUGAGGAAGAUACAUUGAGAUACGGCACGUUGCCGCAAGAGGAUAAUAUCGAUUCUUACGUAGACCAAUCGCGCACAGUUCUGUACGGAUUCUACAGAGAGGAGAGGCAGCUCUCGGGAUCUUUGGAGAGACCGAGAUUGAAGCUCGACAGGCCCUUCUUAUAUUUCGUCCGACACAAUCCCUCCGGUAUAAUACUUCACAUGGGACGUUUUAAUCCGCGAUUAUUGCCCUAAACAAGGGGCUAUCAUCUUCUAUCGAAUGCCAUUAUAAUUCGAUCCUGUUCCUUCCAUUCGACAUUCACAUCCACGAAUUUUUGUACAAUCGAGGAAAACGACUCUCGAUAAUAAUUGCUCAAAUGAUUCGUUCCCAAUUAGUCGAGCGAUUCAACGCGACCGUGAUGUCGUGGCCCACUUUUUCUGAACGAUGAAGGUAGGACGUGUGCAUUUGGCAUGUUCUAGAAAAUUUGUAAACAAUUUUGCUUAGAGUUAUUAUCUAUUAGUAUCUUCACCGUCUUCACUUAGAAAUAAGAAAUUAGCGCGACAUCGUUCGCGGCACAUUAAUAUAUGUCAAACGGACCCGAAAUUGACAUAGAUCUUGUCGCUUUAUAUUUAGGAAGUGGUUAAACGCAUAAUAAAAAUAACAGACUGAAGAACGGAGAAAAAAAAAUGGUACAAACAAGGAAGAUCUUAAUCGCGGUCCAAAUGAUCAUCGUCAUCGUCAUCUUCAUCAUCGUCAUCAUC